AUGGCUGUAAUGAUGGACAUGGAAUUAGAAAACAUAGUGGCCAAUACGGUCCUCCUAAAGGCCAGAGAAGGAAAUAAUACAAGAAAAGGAAAAUCCAAAAAAUGGCGAAAAAUGUUGAGCUUCCCGGCAGUCAGCGACGCUGUUUGCGAGUCCCUCAAUCAAAGCAUAGAGAAAACGUACCCAGCAGUUGUUCAAAAACAACCGAUCGGGCAGCGGCUUUUCACCGAGUUCUGUCAGAGCAAGGAAGAGUUGAGGAAUUGCGUUGAAUUCCUCAAGCUAGUGCGGCGCUACGAUUUGACGAUCGAGGGAAAACGCGCAAUUGCGAAGCACAUACGAGAUGAAUUCCUCAUUCCGCGAAAUCAACUUAAAUUCAGUUCCGACGAGAGCGCGGACGAGAAUCCGUCGAGUCCGCGCGAGCGUCCCGCCCUUCCCGACCUAGAGCUUCCGCCCGAUCCGCUCACCGGCCAGCCGAUCAGCUCAAGCGAUCCCUCGAGCGUCGCAAUCGCGAAGAAAGAGCUCGACCUACUACUCAGCAGCGAAUACCUGAAUGAGUUUCCCCACACGGAUGACAGGAGGGAUGAGAUCUUUACCGACGUCCGAUCAAAAAUUAGCUCUUACCUUUCAAAAGACCCAUUCCAAGAAUUCCUCCAAAGCACAUACUUCAACAGAUUUAUACAAUGGAAAGCGCUCGAGCAGCAGAAAGUGGACAAAAACACUUUUCGGCAGUACCGCGUACUGGGCAAGGGUGGCUUCGGCGAGGUGUGCGCCUGUCAGGUGCGCGCUACCGGAAAGUUAUACGCUUGUAAAAGGCUCGAAAAGAAGCGCAUAAAGAAAAAACACUGCGAGUUCGCCGCGCUCAAUGAGAAACGCAUACUUGAAAGCAUCAAUUCAAGAUUCGUCGUCUCACUGGGCUACGCAUACGCAACAAAACAUGCCCUUCAUCUCGUUCUAACGAUCAUGAACGGCGGCGAUUUAAAGUUUCAUAUUCACAGUAUGAAGCAUAUCACCGAAGAAUGUGCGAUCUUCUACGCUGCACAAAUUUGCUGUGGCUUGGAAGAUCUGCACAACGAAGGGAUCCUGUACCGUGAUUUAAAGCCGGAGAAUUGUCUACUCGAUGACCGUGGAAACGUCCGCAUCUCUGACCUUGGCCUCGCCGUCAAACUAAAAGCCGGCGAGGACACUGUUAAAGGCCGCGUCGGCACGAUUGGAUACAUGGCGCCCGAAGUCAUAAGAAACGAGCGAUACUCAUUCGGAGUGGACUGGUUUGGCCUCGGAUGCAUCCUCUACGAGCUGAUAACUGGCUUUGGCCCGUUCCGUACCCGUGGAGAAUCCGUUAAACGCGAGGAAGUCGACAGAAGGGUUCUGAACGACGAUCCAAACUGGGAACGCAUCCCAUCAACAAACAAGUAUCCUUCUGAGGCGAAAGAAAUAAUCUCCAGGCUAAUCUCGAAAGAGCCCGCCACUCGAUUGGGAUGUCGGAGAGCGUUCAAAUCAAAUGCCCGCGAAGUUCAACUACACCCCUUUUUCAAAUCCAUAUCGUUCAAAAGACUCCGUGUUGGCCUCAUUAAUCCACCCUUCAAGCCUGAUCCAAAAGCUGUCUACGCCAAGGACGUGCUGGACAUUGAGCAAUUUUCCACUGUGAAAGGGAUCACGAUUGAGAAUCGAGACGAGGAAUUCUACUCGCGCUUUGACACCGGCCCCGUCUCUCACGCUUGGCAAAAAGAGAUCCUUGAAACUGUUUUCGAUGAUAUCAACAAUGCCGAAGAUCUUCCAAAGCCCGUCGAGAGACCGCGGAAUAGCUUACGAAGAGCAUUCCGCAUCGCGUUAGACUGCUUCAAUACGAAUUCCACCCCACCUGCCGAAACAUUAUGUACAUAUUUCCAAGCUAGUAAAAAGGCAGAAACUUCAUCGAUUUCGCUGAAAUCGUGUUCUGGUCAAGUUCACCAAAUCGAUGCUAAAGACAUCAAGGACCUUGAGGUUCUCGAGUCAACUCCUCCCAGAUCAGCCGAGGACUCCUCCACUUCAUCGUCGAAUGAGCCGAUUCAAUUUGAUGAUCCGUCGAUUUUGAAUAUUGGGCCGAUUCCAGAAGAACUGAGGCUCAAAAAUCUUGCGUCGCAACAAGCGCCUGCUCUUGAAGUUUCGGCAUCGGACAAGUUGAAAACAAGUGACCGAAAUGGACAUUCACCUCCAAUGACCUUCUACCACGAGCCCUCAUCCUCUCAUCAAUACCAACCAAACGCCCGUCCCACUCCCCAAGCCGCCCAGGCCUACACUUGGCAGCAAACAAACUCCCUGAUGAUGAACCGGUGGCGGGAAAAGAACUCGCACAGUCCCAAUCGUCGCAAUGGACAACGACAAAACGGUAGAAACGGGAGGCAGAACUUUCCGAGAGACGAGACUUUUGCGACUAAUGCGGCGGAUUUGGCCGAAGAUUUUAACUUUGAAGCAUCGAAUCAACUUUUUGACAAGCAACAGGUGUACGGGGAGAUGAAUAUGAAUGGAUCGGAUGAUUUCAACACUAGACCUCCAGGACGCCAGGGCGAAGUAAAAUUCCGCCACGAUGAAAACGUCAUGGACGCAUACAACGCCAAGUAUGGCGGAACCGAGUACGAAUCGACACCUGGCACCCAAAGCCCCGUCACCGUCCCCCAAUGGCGAUGCAAAGACAAUUCAAGAGAUCGAAUAGCGGCGCACGGGAACGCUCACGAUUUGCGUCAGAAAAUUUUCGCCUCGCUAGUUGCCAAAGCCGACGAGAGAAGAGAUUUCAUUCAUACUCUUGCUACCACGACCACAUCGUUUAUCCUUGAAAAAGUUCAAAGUCAAAGUGACAUCUUGUUCUUUCUCGGUCCUACUGGAUACGCCGGCGAUAUCUCCCUAGUUAUUUGCAAAAUGGCCUCGAAACUUGGCCACAGAUGUUACAUCUACACUUGUCCCUUUUUGGAAAGCUCAAAUCGACCCUUAUCGGAUAAGCUCAAAGGUCUAACUUCACUGCCCAACAUCGAACGCGUGUUCGACUCAAACUUGCCAAACAAAAUCGACCUGUUCAUCUCUGCCGCUGCGUCCGAAGAUUUUAAAUUUCAAGCUUGGUUCCUCGAAGUUCAAGAUACGCUGCGUCAAAUGCAUGUGAAGAAUAAAAUGCUAAUCGAUCCAUCCGGAAAAGAUCAAGUCUUUUCUUCUAACGACUGGGCGAUUUACUCUCUCCUUGCGCCUUCGGUCGACUUCUCCAGCUUGGUGAAGGCCUCUUUCAUCCUGGAAGGAUGCCUCGAUGCAGCUUUGUAUCCCGAUGAUGCUCAAAAACCGCCACUAAGGAAGCUACUGAACCAAAUUUACUGA